AUGGCGGUAAACAAGGACGAAAUGCAUGCGCCCGGCUGGAUGGAUCGGGUGUUUUUCGAGAAAGUCCUGCGGCACGCCGAGCGCGACAGUACGCUGCAGGUGCAGGACUUCCGGAUUGUGCCCGGCACCAAACCGGGCGAUCACUUUGCGAGCGUGAUCUUUCGCGCGAUCGUGCGCCACGACCGGAGCGCCGACGAAGUAUCACUGAUCGUCAAAACGCUCCCGACGGAGGAUGGCGUGAAGAAGGACAUCCUCAAGGAUGGGUAUGUCUUCGAGACGGAGACACAGAUGUACAACGAAAUCGUGCCGGCCAUGCACCGGCUGCUGGAGUCCGUCGGGGACCACACCGUGCUGGGCGCGAGACUCCUGUACCACGAAAAACUACCGGCGUGGGUCAUGGUGUUCGAAGACAUCUCCAAGCUGGGCUACGAGAUGAAAACGAAGCAGCUGGACUACGAGGAAGCAAAGGUCGUCUUUGCAAAGCUGGCUCGAUGGCACGCGGCAUCAAUGUUUCUGGUUGACACGCAUCCUGAAAUGAAGAAAUUAAACAAGGGUGUCUACAAUCUGUUCGAAGAAUCGAAUGAGUUUCUGCAGUUGUGGCAGAGCAACAUCCAAACAUUGUCCACGAUCGUAACGGAGAUGCCCGGGCUCGAGCAGUACUCGGAAAGGAUACGCAGUAUCAAGCAGAAAAUUUUCGACCGCGCAUCCGCCAUUUACACGUACGAUGCCUCGUCGCUUGUGCAUGUGCUGAACCACGGCGAUUGCCACUUCAAAAACAUGAUGUUCAAGCGUACGGAGGGAAAACUGGACGACAUUAUGCUGCUCGACUUCCAGCUGAGCGUUUGGGGGACGCCGGCGAUCGAUCUGAUCUACGCGAUGUACAACACCGUAUCCAUUCCGACCAGAGAGGCACACCGGGACGAGCUGAUCAGCUUCUACCACGAGCAGUUAACCGAGUGCCUGCGCAAGUUUGGCUACCUACGCCGGGUACCUACACUGCACGAUCUGCACACGGAGAUUCUGAAGUGUGGCCACUUAGAGUUCCUGCUGGCAGCUACCUUCGUGCCGUUCAUGUGUGUGGAGCUAAGCGAAAUCAUGGAAAUGCCCGCGGAAGGUGAAGGAUUUGAGGUGGAUUUCGCGGACACGGAGAAGAUGAUCGAGGAGUUCAAAAAGUGUUACCGCACGCCAGUGUACGUCGAUUUCCUGUACAAAAAUCUACCACGGUUCGCGCACAAGGGCUUGAUCGAUCUAGAUUGACGAAGGGGCGCGAUCGUGCGCGUUCGCGUCCUGCGAGGCGUAUAAGAAAACGAUUCCAAAAUGAAAAGGCUAUGUAUUAUCUACUUUGUUACUGUAUGUAUUAC